AUGACAGUAUCAAUGCGUGAAAAGCAUCAGAAAGUGAAAAGUUUAUUAGGUGAUGAGGAUAUUCUUCAAAUGAUUACAGAAUAUCUUAGGAGUGUUGGUUAUAAUGUAACGGUUAGGGAAUUUAAAGCUUACAUUAAACAGGAUGAGUUUCGUGUUGAGAAGAAAAAUGUUUAUUAUGAUGAAGAACCAGUAUUAGAUGUAAAUGAAAAGCGUCAUAUAUUAAUAAUUCAUGAUGAAUCUAUUUUUUAUACUAAUGAUGAAAAAAAAACCUUUCGGGGGGCCAAGGUAGAUGGACGUUUAAAAUUUGAGGAAGAAGAAGCAUGUGUUAAUUGUGUUAUGAUGAAACCAGGAACCAAUCGUGAUGGAUGGUGGAAAACAGAUGGUUUAAUUAAACAGAUCACCGAAAAAGAAAUUCACAUAUUUGAAAAUUACAUCCUGCCCGGUGGUAAAGGAAAGUUUAAAGAUGGAAUAAUGCCUGCUGAUGGAUCAGUACAGCCAAUGCAUCUUCCAAAUGGACAGCCAAAGCACUCUCCAACUUCAGAUAAUUUCGUGUGCUUUCACUCCAACCCGAUUUUUUUAGCGCAAAAAUCAUUAAUUCAAGAGAUUAUUGAAAAUCGGGGGCAUAAGGUUAUAUUUUAUCUAAAGUUUCAUUACGAUAUGCACGACGUUCUUGGAGAUUUAUGGAUGCAUACAGAAAAGGUCUAA